AUCGACACGUGCAUCUGAAUUACAAGUUUUGUAACGAUUGUACAACAGUUGUUACAAAACCUUUAUAGGCAUCGUUAUACAAAACACAGGACGAACCUCUGAAAGCAGUCUUCUUAUCAGUGGAUGUUUGGAAAUACAUUAAAAAGCGAUCAUGAGCCAAAACUGCAUUUACUGGUUCCGCAAGGGGCUGCGGUUGCAUGAUAACCCUGCUCUCAUUGCUGCCUUAAAAGACUGCAGAAACAUCUACCCUCUAUUCAUACUGGACCCCUGGUACCCCAACAACACUCACAUCGGCAUUAACCGAUGGCGAUUUCUGAUCGAAGCUCUCAAAGACCUGGACUCCAGUCUGAAGAAACUCCACUCCAGGCUCUUUGUUGUCAAAGGGUCACCCACAGAGGUCCUUCCAAAACUCUUAGAGAAAUGGAAGAUCACACGGUUGACUUUUGAGGUUGAUACAGAGCCAUACAGUCAAAGCCGAGACAAGGAGGUCAUGAAGUUGGCUAAAAAAUGUGGUGUGGAAGUUAUUCCAAAGAUUUCCCACACUCUCUACAAUAUUGACAGGAUUAUUGAAGAGAACAACGGAAAGCCUCCCUUGACCUACGUUCGCUUCCAGAGUGUGAUCAAGGCCAUCGGGCCCCCUAAAAAACCUAUUCCUGCCCCAACCAAAGAGGACAUGAAAGGUGUCUCCACUCCAUUUUCUAAGAAUCAUGAAGAGGAGUAUGGGAUUCCAACUCUUGAGGACCUUGGGCUGGACACAUCAUCUUUAGGGCCAAAUCUGUUUCCAGGUGGCGAGCAGGAAGCUCUACGCAGACUGGAUGAGCACAUGCAGAGAACGGAGUGGGUGUGCAGCUUCGAAAAACCCCAGACGUCCCCCAACUCAUUGAUCCCCAGCACCACCGUCCUCAGUCCCUACGUCCGAUUCGGUUGCUUGUCUGCACGCACCUUCUGGUGGAGACUCACAGACGUGUACAGAGGGAAGAAGCAUUCUGCACCUCCAGUGUCACUGCAUGGACAGCUGCUGUGGAGAGAGUUUUUCUACACCACAGCUGUCGGAAUCCCGAACUUUAACAAAAUGGAAGGUAAUCCUCACUGUGUGCAGGUGGAUUGGGACAAUAACCCCGAGCACCUGGCUGCAUGGAGAGAGGCUCGUACAGGCUUUCCUUUCAUUGAUGCCAUAAUGACACAGUUACAACAGGAGGGCUGGAUCCAUCACCUGGCCCGGCAUGCAGUCGCCUGUUUCCUGACUCGAGGAGACUUGUGGAUAAGCUGGGAGGAGGGACAAAAGGUAUUUGAAAAGUUACUGCUGGAUGCUGAUUGGUCAUUAAAUGCCGGAAACUGGCAGUGGCUCUCAGCCAGCGCGUUCUUCCAUCAGUACUUCAGGGUCUAUUCCCCUAUCGCCUUCGGAAAGAAAACUGACAAAUAUGGGGAUUACAUCAAGAAAUACCUCCCGGUGCUGAAGAAAUUUCCUCCUGAGUACAUCUAUGAACCCUGGAAAGCUCCUCUGAGCAUUCAGGAGAAAGCAGGGUGCAUUGUGGGAAAUGAUUAUCCUCGACCGAUUGUACAGCACGAGGUUAUUUAUAAAAAGAACAUUCUAAGAAUGAAAGCAGCAUAUGCUAAGCGAUCUCCAGAAGACCAUGUGGACAAAACUGUGAAACAUGGUGUAAAACGCAAGUCAACAUCUGUCAUGGAUAUGUUUGCAAAGAAGGCAAAGAGAUGAAUAAUUCAGAUUUUUAUACUGUGUUGCUUAAUCAGUCAAAUAUUAUUUAUACUCCUUUAUAACUUUAAUAAACCAUGUUUUAAUAUACUGUA